UGUAGCAGGGGCUCUCCCGUGCUGCCAGAGCCCUGGCCCUCUCGCCCCACUUCCUGACUGGUCUCCUCAGCGUCCUCGCUGCCAUCGCUGCUUGGGGAGGAGCUGCUUCUGAUGAGAAGGGAAGGUUCUCUAUACUCUCUUCCCCUUACACCCACUCUCUGUGUUGUAGCUGAGAAUUAGCCCCUCUCCCUGAUAAGCGCCAGCUCUCCUCAACUGCAGAUUCUCUAAAGUCAGGAUUUUGCAAGUAAGGAGGAGGAAGUUUCUCCCAAGGCAGUGGUGAAUAACCUUUGGUACACCUGUACCACAGCCAAGACCCAAGUACAGUGGUACCUCGGUUUAAGUACACAAUUGGAAGUCUAUACUUAACCUGAAGCGUACUUAACCUGAAGCGAACUUUCCCAUUGAAAGUAAUGGAAAGUGGAUUAAUCCGUUCCAAACAGGUCCGCGGAGUACUUAAACUGAAAGUACUCAAAGCGAGGCGUUCUUAAACCGAGGUAUGACUGUAGAAGCCUGUGUGCACAUUACCAUUGACUCUGGCUCCAGAGUCAACUGUUGGUGUUUGAAAGUGCAUUCAUAUGAGGUUAGCUGCAAUCCUUAUGUAUCCUUAAUUUCUUGAGAAUGUUUGAUGCCCUAAAACCAGCUUCCACCUGAUUCGAAAAUGUAGGCCACAGUUAAGCUGAGGUGUGUACAUUUGAGACAGUGUUGCACAUGCACAGCUGACAGUGCAUGCACACAUUACAACUUCAUUGAACAGGAGUUUGCACAGGGAAACAAAUCAGCUAAUGUACACCAGGUGAAUAAUAAUAAUAAUAAUAAUAUAAUAAUAAUAAUAAUAAUUUAUUAUUUAUACCCCGCCCAUCUGGCUGAGUCUCCCCAGCCACUCUGGGCGGCUCCCAAUUGAAUAUUAAAACAAUACAGCAUUAAAUAUUAAAAGCUUCCCUAAACUGGGCUGCCUUCAGAUGUCUUUUAAAAUUAGGAUAGCUGCUUAUUUCCUUGACAUCUGAUGGAAGGGCAUUCCACAGGGCAGGUGCUGCUACCGAGAAGGCCCUCUGUCUGGUUCCCUGUAACCUCACUUCUCGCAAUGAGGGAACCGCCAGAAGGCCCUCGGCGCUGGAUCUCAGUGUCCGGGCUGAACGGUGGGGGUGGAGACGCUCCUUCAGGUAUACAGGACCAAGGCCGUUUAGGGCUAUAAAGGUCAACACCAACACUUUGAAUUGUGCUCGGAAACGUACUGGGAGCCAGUGUGGAUCUCUCAGGACCGGUGUUAUGUGGUCCCGGCAGUCGCUCCCAGUCACCAGUCUAGCUGCCACAUUCUGGAUUAGUUGCAGUUUCUGGGUCACCUUCAAAGGUAGCCCCACGUAGAGCACAUUGCAGUAGUCCAAGCGGGAGAUAACCAGAGCAUGCACCAGUCUGGCAAGACAGUCCGCCGGCAGGUAGGGUCUCAGCCUGCGUACCAGAUGGAGCUGAUAGACAGCUGCCCUGGACACAGAAUUAACCUGCGCCUCCAUGGAAAACAUCACCAACCUCUCUCUGGUGUGUACAGCAACAUAAGAAAGUGACUUGAAAUGCAGCCGGGGGAAAUGAUGCAUUUUAAGCUGCUAAUAUGUACAAUUAAGUCACAUAUUACGUGCAUUUAACAUACAUUAUUUCAACCAUAUGUGCUUGGCUGUAGACCCUUUCCAGAUUCCAUUCCAGCCUUUUUAUUCUGCCUGCAUCUCUCUCUCUACCUUUCCGCCUCUCUCUCUCUUCCUCUCUCUCUCUUCCUCUCUCUCUGCUGCUGCUCUGCCCCCCCCCUUUAUUUCUCAUUGCCUCCCUCCCUCCCGCCAGUUGCUCACAUGAGGAUGAGUGAGGGGAGGCAGUGGAGCUACAUGGAAGGCCUCCCUGCAGGGCUCCCCCCUUGCCAACCAAGGAAAAUUAAACUUUGGCUAUAUACAAUUUUCACAUACUGUAUAUGCACAACCAUUGGCACCAAAUAUCUGUGCAUGAUACAAGGUGAUUGUAUGUAGACACUGACAAUUAGCAGGUGACAAAGGCUGCUUUAUAGCACUGCAUAUGGCACUCUCAUGCCUUGGUGUGGUUUUACCUCUAUCCUGCUGAGCAGUAGAGCAGGCAGCAGUCUAGACAUGAGUGGAUAGGUCCUCCUUCUCCAGGCAAGGAUUGCUUAGGUUGGCUAUCCAAGUCCUGAGGUAUGAUCCAUUGGGAAGAAUCUGUUCUUCCUUCCUUUCCAGAACUGCUUGGCUAGGUAAGGGUGAUAAGCACUGUUCAGACCAUGAGCUGGGUUUCUUCCAGAGAAACAACCCAAUAAAUGGAUCCUUGGAUUCUCAAGGGCCUUAGGUAUCCUGCAUUUGGGAGAGGCUGCUCCACAGUGUGAUUUUAUGAAGUUGUUCUUCCAUAUUUUCAAGUUUGCAUUCGUUAAAAAAGCAAGGGAAUAGCUAGUGUGAAGUGAACUUGAGUGGUGUGAAUGCAAUGUUCUACUGAGGACUCUUAAAUGUAUUGUCUGCCCUUCGCAAAGGGGCUUGCAUUGAUCUCUCUUGGCAACUGAGCGAGGUCUAUUACAGACCAAAUGGGGGCAGAUGCUCCUAGGAAUGCUGCUACCAUAACAAAAUUUAGCCAGGUGUGCCGGGUGGCGCAGUGGUGAUCUCAGCUGAGAAAGGAACAUUGGGCUGACUUCCUGAUGCCUGAUCCUGUUGCUCCGAGUACAGCAAGUGCCCCUUAUCGUUUGCCCUCGAGGACUAUCAAAGGAAACCUAGAUGUCUUCCAUUACUGUUGAAAACAAGAGUGGAGUCUCAUGUCGGGCCUCAAAGAAGAAUGUAGAUCUAUUGGCAGUGGAUCUGAACAAGGGAAUGAAUAAUUCAUGGCCCCAAAUGCCUCCUGUGCGUUCUCAUCCAUUUAGGCUGCUUGGGAGCUCUAGCUGCUGAGAUGCAGAAACAGAUCGACUUCCAAAGGAUAAAAACCCUUAUAGACGCUGCUUGCUGUUGCUUCUGUCAGCCUCCAGUUCAAAGGAUUGCAGCAGCUGCUGUGAUGUUGGCUUAAGAGGGCGAAGGCCGGACCCCCGAUUGCUGCCCCAUCAAAACAGUGGUAGUCCAAGAAGUUCUGUAGCAAGGGCAGCCUGCUAGCAUCCCUUCUCUAGGUAAGUAAGGCAAAAAAGGUGGCUUGGCUAAUUUUACCAGGAACUGUGUGGCAGGCAGGGGAGGGCAGUGGCUCAGCCCAGAGUUGGAAAUGGCCUUGUUUAUGUGCCAAGCGGCUUUUCUUAGGAGCAGGGGCAGGGGCGGGCACAGGAGAAAGCAAAGCAGGUUUGUCUCUGCCAAAAGCUUGCUAAAAACAGACGAGGCUUUGAUUCACUUUCAGCCACCAUCUUAAGAAGUAAAGCUGAUUUAAUAGCUGUUCAGUGGAGUAAAUUCAUUGUGUAGAGUCACUUACUAGCUGGGCAGUUGUCCAUAUCAGAGUUGGCAGCUAAGGGCUUGGGAGAAGGAAUUUCUCUCCCUGCCUUGGUAGAGGUCUCCUGAGGUCAUGGAAGAGGUGCACUGGCAGGGCAGCAGCGGGGAGAGGGGUUAGUCCAGGUCAGCGGGAAACACGACUUCAUUCUCCCAAGCUGUCUAUCCAGCGCCUUUGAAACAGGGCUUGUGGGCUGCCAAACUUCCUCUUCUUUGUUUGCUCAAGUCCCUGCUGUUGAUUUAUAGUGCCACCUUUUGCCUUCCCUGUUUUCACUGAGGAUAAGCUCUUUCCAUUGUAUUCAGUAACUUCUUUUACAUUUUGUUGCUCAGGUUGCCAUUGAUCCAACAGGCUGUAUAUCCUGUGGAGGAGAGUGUAUGACCUGGCUAUUUAAAGCAGGUGUUUAAACCCCAGCGUGAGUCAGGUUUCUUAACAAUGGGCUAUUGCCACUCCAUCUCAAGGUUGUUCCAGUCAGACUGUCUCCUUUCCAGAUCCCAGUGAUAUCUAGCUAAGUCAUACUCGGAAUAGACACGUUAAAACCAAUGUGCUUAAGUUACUUAAGUUCAUUGAUUUCAGUGGGUCUGCUCUGAGUAUGACUGAUGUUGGAUGUCAUCCAGGGCGUUCUCUCUCUCUCUCUCUCUCUCUCUCUCUCUCUGUGUGUGUGUGUGUGUGUGUGUGUGAGAGAGAGAGAGAGAGAGAGAGAGAGAGAGGUUAGAAAUAUAAAUGUGUCACACUUCAGUUGCAAUGUAUGAAGUUGGAUGUCGUCUGUUGCAAAAACUGCAAACUGUAGGUGAUAUUUAUCUGGUCCUGACUAUUAUGUUACAACAGAAGCAGGGAGCACAGCACAACGUACUUAUACAGAUUUAUCAAGACAUUUGCCUCUUGGAACAGUAUACAGCACAAAGGGAUAAAAUACAGUAAAUGCAAUAAAAUAACACAUUGCAGCAGCAUUUAAAAGUCCAGCAUUGCAAUAGUGAAGAUUACCAGAGCAUGGGCUACUAUGGCUGAGAUGUAUCCAUACCUGCUUUUUUCUGAAUAGCCCUUCCCCUGGAUCUGUGUCAUGGUUACACUAGGCAGCCUUUCUCAACCUUCGGUCCGUAGAUGUUGUUGGACUAGGGAUGAGUGGUCAGGAAUGAUGGGAGUUGUAGCCUAGCAACAUCUACGGACCCAAGGUUGAGAAAGACUGCACUAGAAAAUGUGACAGAAUACAGGUUCAACUGAGUCCCACAAGUUUUGGACACACACACAGCACUUCUGAACUUAGGGAACUGCUUUGUUCUAAUUAUGGCUAGUUAAAUCAAACCAAGAUUUCAAUCAAUGGUUUGAUCCUGAGUUUGUUUAAAUUAGCCAUAGUGAAUUGGGGGAAAACAUUUGAUGAGUUAUGGUUCCAAAGUACAGUAGAAGCUUUCAAAAUUAUCCCUCGGUAUGUGUAGAGGAGGAGAAUCAGGCUUGUUCCCACAAUGCUAAACCAUGGUUUUAGCUGAACCAUAGUUCUAUACUACAUGUGAUCAGAGUCAGAAUGUUGGAAAGUAGGGUGGAAUGUUACCAUUGUUGUUUAGUUGUGUCUGACUCUUUGUGACCCCAUGGACCAGAGCACGCCAGGCACUCCUGUCUUCCACUGCCUCCUGCAGUUUGGUCAGACCCAUGCUGGUAGCUUUGAGAACACUGUCCAACCAUCUCGUCCUCUGUCGUCCCCUUCUCCUUGUCCCCUCAAUCUUUCCCAGCAUCAGGGUCUUUUCCAUUAGCCCCCUUAAUUUAUUACACAAGUGAAUAGAACCCAUGCGAUAACUACUCCAUAACAUCUGCACAUUUAGAAAUAUGUCUAAAAGAGAGCUGCCUUGCAUGAGCAGGUAUUCUCAAAAAGGACUCCUAUUCAAGUAUUGGAGACCAGGGCUAGCUUGGCCAUGCAAUCCUAAGGAUGAGGCAGGCAGUGUGGACGCACUCCCAGUCUUUGCAUGAUUCCCCUUCGUAUGAAUAACACAGGAAGGGGACUUAUACAUAGUUGAGUAAAAAGAACAUUGGCAUGCCCACUUUCAUUCCCUAUUAUUUAGGAAUAACAAAGAUUUUUAUAUAAGCUGACGGAUCCAACAGGGUUCUUUUUGGUAGUGACCUUUGUGAAAUGCCACAAUAUAGAAGCUUCUGGAUGUGUCUAAAGAGACUCCUUAAAUGGAGGGUUACAAUGAUCUCCUCUUGUACAGCUUUAAGCUGUGGCCUUGAUAUGUACAACUGCUAGACUCUGGUGUAGAGAGCUCAAAGUAUGCAAGAGAAAAUAAGCCUUACAGUGAAAUGUCCCGCGUUGCUUUGGGUUAGUCUGCUGUGCAGUUGCAAGGAUGGCAAAGAACUCACAGCAAGGUUUCCUGGCUUACUUUUAAGAUUGUUCAACAGAGCAGGAUUUGAAGAAAUGCCCAGGUGGUUUCCAUACUAAUGUUGCUGUGGAGCACUUCUUACACUUCAGAGGUAGCAAAUGUGUGACCCUCUGUGUGGCAAAAUGGUCAAAUCUAUUAAAAUUGAGGAGCCAUCUGGAAAUGCAGAGAUGCACACAGGUGUGCUUAUGCUUGCUUUUGUCUUUGUUGAUUGUCAUCUGAGCAAAGAACACUGAGAGAAAUGGAGUUGGAAGGGGCUCAUUCUUCCAGGCAGUCAUUCCAUGUUUAGUGCUCUUUAACUAAAAAUCCACAUAGAUUUUCAGGGCAAUGCUUGAGCUGCACGAGCAGCAGAUGGUGCUCUCUGUCUCUCCUUUUGUACACAUAUAUCAACAACACACACAGAUGCCCUUGCUUCUGCCCAUCAUAGCCAUCAUGACAUAAAGAGAUCACACUGGUCUACAUGCUCACAGUGCUAUCAUAUGUAUAUAUGCAAGUUGCCUGCCUCUUCAAAUGUUGUGUGUGAGCCUCAAACAGGUUUAUUAUUAUACUUGCAGCAUGGAAAUGUUAUAUUCUUGCUAGAAAAGAAACGCUCUGUUCCUGCUAGAGUUGCUUUUAAUCUUACAAGUUUUUAUUUUUGGAGUUUUGAGCAGGAUGGAUCGAUCUCAACUGAGGCAAGUUGUCACCAAUAAAAUGACAGUUUGAAAUCAAUUUCUCCAUUGUAUAAGUCAUACUAAUUUGUUGCUAUAACAAUGAAAACAUUGGUUAGCAGCUAAGAGCUUUUAAAACAGCACUAGAGUAUAAUCUAAAGCCUAUGGACAGGAAGUCUCUGUGCCUUUGGCACCACAUUUUUGUUAACUUAGAAAAAAGGGAGAGGCAAUUGUGCAAUUAAUAGAUUUAUUUUUUUGACCCUUCGUGCAAGAUCACUGCUUUGUCAGCUUAAAUCUCUAGAAUGUUCCAGAAAAGGGGGCUAAUAAUUGCUGAGGAGAACAAAGAUAUGGAGUAGCCAGUCACUACUUGCAGUCCCAUGGACUGCAAGAAGAUCAAACCUAUCCAUUCUGAAGGAAAUCAGCCCUGAGUGCUCACUGGAAGGACAGAUCGUGAAGCUGAGGCUCCAAUACUUUGGCCACCUCAUGAGAAGAGAAGAAUCCUUGGAAAAGACCUUGAUGUUGGGAAAGAUGGAGGGCACAAGGAGAAGGGGACGACAGAGGACGAGAUGGUUGGACAGUGUUCUCGAAGCUACGAACAUGAGUUUGACCAAACUGCGGGAGGCAGUGCAAGACAGGAGUGCCUGGUGUCCAUGGGGUCACGAAGAGUCGGACACGACUAAACGACUAAACAACAACAACAACAACAGCCAGUCACAUCCAUACCAUACAUUUAAAGCACACAGCUUCCUCCAAAGAAUCCUGGGAACUCUAGUUAGUUAAGGGUUAUGGAACUGUAAUUCUGAGAAGGGUGUGCUACAUUUCCCAGGAUUAUUUGACAGUACUACCCUACCUUAUAAGGAUGUUAUAUUGUAAUAAAGUAUAUGCAACACUGAAAGCACGGUAUAAAUGCUGCAUAUGUUUUAUUUGUUUGUAUCCCAUCUUUCCACUAUAGAAGUCUUCAAAAAAUGCCAUUUGAGUUCUGCCCUUUAAAUACUUUUAGUUUAUGAGACAUCUUUUCAAAGAAGGCAAAGAAGGCCAGUAAAUCUUUUUUGUUUUUGUUUAAAUAAGUUACACACACACACACACACACACGUUGAUCUAAGAAUCCACUUUCUUGGUGCCUUACCAUUUGGACCGGAACACAGUCCAUUAAACCAACACAUUCUGGCACAACUGCAAGCAUCUAGACUGGCUUAAGCCUCACAUAUCAUACAGAAACAUAGAGCCUAGCUGUGAACCGUCUCAUUACAAAUAGAACCAGAUGCAAACCAAUCAUGUCAGUAACCAGAGCGUUUGUUUAAUGCAGCCUUCCCCAGCUUGGCAUCCUCCAACUCCUACCAAUUCCUGCCAGCUCCGCUGUGCUUCCUGGGGCUGUUUGGCGACUGUAUCCCAAAGCAGCUGGAGCAUGCCUAGCUGAGGAAAGCUGCUUUAAUCCACAACUGUGAGUGGAAUGUGAAUCUUUGGCUUCCCCUGUGGCAUCUGGGGCUUCCCCUUAGAAUCUUGAGGUUCCUUGCAUUUCACAACCAAGCAAAGGGUGGAUGGAUGAUGUGUCUUUGUUGUACGUGAUCCCACUCAGGGCUCAUGAAAAUGCAGCAUAUGCAUCCAGCAUCAUGAGGCCGCAGCCCUACACUCUUAGACGCAUUGAACUCAGUAGAAAUCGCUUCCGAGUAGAAAUGUAGAAUUGCACUACUUCAAGAGCAAGCUUAGACCUUACGGCUGUCAAGGGAAAUAGCAAGGGAUUUCUCCAAGGAUGGGGGAGGCUACUCAACAGGAGACUUCAGUGCUCUCCUUAGCAGCUUCCUAUUUCAAAUGACUACUUGCGGAAGGGAAAGAAAGUAGGAAAAAGGAGUGUAUAUAUGAAAAUAGGCUAAAUUUGCACAAUAUGUACGAAAAAUGUAUACUUCAUGCAUAAUGUUUGCAUAAUGUAUGCACAAUGGAAACUAUUUUUUCCUUCCUUGAGCACGGCAUGCUCCCUUUGCCCGUGAGCUGAUGGGUGGCUGGGAGUGCAUAUUGCUCCAGCAAUGGAAGAAUCAGGAGCCCACCUGAUUGUUCCUUUAAAGCACCAUCCUUACCUGUCCCAUGCCUGAUAUCAAGAAUGUCAUCAGGUGUGGGCCAGGAGGACAUGGUUCCCCCAAAAUGGCCUAGUGGCCCAAAUAAGGAUGCCUGAUGGACCAGGUUUAGCCCAGAGGCUGAGGCUCCCCACCCCUGGUCUAGAGGCUACAAUGUUCAGCUUCUCUUGGUGCAGAAUUUGAGUUGUUUUAGCAGAAUGAAUCUUCCAGGACAGAGUUUAUACAGUCUAGGAUAAUAUGUCAUUAUUUUCUCUCCAUGAUUUCCCCUCUACACAAUUGCUCUGAUCUGUCAUUAUGGUAUAGCAGGUGGCCUUCUGCUGGUAGUACUGUUUAGAAUAAGUUGUUGCUUGUUCUGAUGUUGAAUAGCAUUAGUAUCUGAAGGAGCAAUUUUGGUUUUACUGGAUAAAUAAUAAGGUGGCAGUUGUAUAAUUUGUGUGAGUUGCUUAAUCCUUCAUUGUGAAAUUGUUGUUCGACUUUUAUCCAGGAAGAAAUCUGUUUUAUGUACCUUCUGUGCCAGACCUCUGCAGGUAUUUGCCUACACACUUACAAUGGGACAUUUAUAUCAUCUGGAAUUGGUGUUUUCAAACUGAAGGCCUUUUCUCAUCUGUGUCUUUUGUGCAUGCAACACUAGCUCUGCUCCUGGAUAUUUGUUGUGCCAUUGCCCUCUGGGAUGGACAGUCUUCUUGUGUAUUUAUUUGUGCUUAUUUAUAACUGAUAAAAUGGCCAUAAUGAGUUCUGUUUGUAAAAAAGGAUAUUGAAUAAUUUCUAUGAAACUAAUUAUAUAGUUAACAAGAGACAACUAUGCUAUAGUAAUAUCCUCCUUUCUAGAAAAGGAAGCAGACAUGCGAGAGGGGAGCUCUCCUUGCUUUGUUUAUAAAACUUUCUAGAGAAGGUAGCAGCACAGACAAUAACAGGGAGCCAGCCCUGCCAUUAGGCAGAGUGAGCCAGCUGCCUUGGAAAACUGAAUCUGGAUAACAUGAGAGGGCAGCAAAUUGUUAGUUAUUUAAAAACAACCAACAGUCUUAUGUCACCACAAAGACUAACAAAUGUAUUAUGGCAGAAACCUUUUGUAGACUCAAGCCUUCUUUGACAAAUACAUGAAGUGAAAUAUUAGUUGGCAGGUAUAUAAAGGAGACAGUUGUAAGGUAGGAUUAUGUGACAAUGAGAUGCAAAAAUCACAACCAGCAGUAAUUGAAGCUUAAAUUCAUGUUAAAUAGGCACAUAAUGGAUUGAUGAGGCACUUGUGAGAUUUUUUUUGGUGUCACCCUCCAAAAUAACUUGACUAAUUUUGGGUACAAUGUACUUGCUGGUGAUGAGGAAGACUAUUUGCUGCUUUACCUGGGGUGGGGAGGGGAGUUUGGACAAGGCUGAAUGCAGUCUUUGGGCCAAAGGCUUAAAAAAUUGCUACACCUGUUUGUUUGUUUUUAACACUGAUAUAGUGAUGGGGAUGGAUCCGUGGCAUUGACAUUGGUCCAGGGGUGCCUCUAGGCACUGUGCAUCUUUUUCUGUCAUUAUGGCAGGUUGCUCCUUCCAACCAUACAACAUUUUUCUUCUUCCUGAAACUUCAUAGGCCGACAUCCAUUUUGAAUGUCCUUGUGAAGUUGUGGACAUAUGAUCACCUGUCCUAGUCCUGUGCUGCCAGACACAGCAGAGCUCAGUGGAGGGAGAAGCCAGCCAGCCAGCUGAGUGUCAGGGGGUACUCUCCUGGAGGCAGUUUGUAUGCAAGGUUCAGUCCAGUCCUAAGGUCAGGAGAACCUCAGUGCACAUAGUCAGAUGAUUCGGGGGUCAAGAAAGCCGAGGGUCCACGGUCACAAGAAGCAAGAGCUAGCCAGGAAUGACAAAUGCUGUUUCCAGCAACUGACUGAGGCUGGAAACCCUGCUUAAGAAAGCUGGAGCCAGCUGGUUCUCAUCAGGAGCAAGAAGGCUGAUAAGCAGCAGGUGGAGUCACUUCACCUUCUGCUCCUUCAGGCUGCUGCUCAGCAGGUGAAGCUGACUCCUGGCCCACGACACCACCCUCUACCUCCCUCUAAUGGAGUUUAUGUAGCAGGUGUUUCAUAUCUUUCCUUCCUUUGGCGAUUCAGCGGUCUGUACAGUGACUUCCAAAAGAUCAUGACUACAGCUGCCAGAGGGCUUUGCAAACAGGAAGUGGGCUUCACACAACUUCCUUUUGAGACUGAAGUACCGGGUUUCUGUAAGCUGCUGAGUGUAGUGAUCACUCGGCAGGAGAGAGCUCACCUUGUCUCCUCUCCAAGGGUGAGCAGACUGUGAAUAGGAUUUUAUUUCAACCAUACUGUACUGUAAGACAGAGAGCCGCUCCAGGAAAUGAGCCGUUGCAAGGAAUCGUACGAGCCCAGACAUGCCUGUGAAUGUGGAGGAAUCUAGGCAGGUGAGCUGUGAAUUGCCAGUGAAACUGAUCUUUUUUUGUAAAGCACAUAACAACUUUUCAGUUAUGGAAAAUAAUAAUAAAGCAAUGAAAUACAUUUUUAUCACUUGUUUUCACACAAUCUUUUCUCCAAAUCCAGAAUUCAUUGGUAAACUGCACAUACUGCUUAGACGUAAGCACAGCUCAGUUGCUUUCAGUGCAGUUGGAUCUCCUCUUUGGCCAACUAAGUUAUUUUCUUGGGUCACCAUUAGUAUGUGCAACUUCCCCUCUUUCUGAACCUAGAGCCCACCAAAAUAACCUUAUAAGGAGGCAUUAGCUAUGGAGAUGUCUAGAUGUAUAUAGCAGGUCACAGACACAUUGUGGGAAUGUACAGACCAAAUAGAUGUACAAUAUCUUGUAAGGAUUGAGGAAGAUAGGCUUUCAAGUAGGGACUCCUGUUUUCUAAUACGUCUCUACACACUAAAUUGCAUUGAAGAAGUUAACUUUGGAAGAUUUGUCCAGCCGCUUUGUAGCAUUCUUGGGAAUAUUCUGAUAACUACAUAUCCAGAGUAGGCUGCUUCCAGAUUAUUCCUUAUUUUGUCAGUCGGGUUUGAUCACAAAUGGGCAAAUUCAGGUUGUGCACUUAAACUGUAUUUGGCACUCUUGUGCAACAAACCCUGCUUCCGAAACCAAAAAACUGUUUGUGGUAGGGCAAGCCUGGCUCUAGGUAAGGUUCCGGUGGUGCGGAAGCUGCGCACUGCGAGGGCGGGGGCGUCAGAGCGAUAUCUGUGCCUCAGCGCCCGACCUGCUUGAGAUGGCCCUGUGGUAGGGAACCUGACAGAAGAAUGCACUUGAAAGUGUGGAACAAUUGCUUGACACAAUGUCAUUUAACUUCCUCGCAAAACAGACAGACAGACAACCAACCAGCCAGGAUAGAUGCACUAUAAACAGGAUGGAUUUGAGAGCUAGUCAGGGAUCUCCUGACACAAGACACAGCCUGUACUGGACUGAGCAACAAUACAGCCCAGGAAGGUGAAUUCCUCUAGAAGGGAAAAGAAGCAAGCAUAGACACAGUGGGAAUACCUAAAAAUAAACAAAUGGAAGAUAGCUUGCUAUGCUUCUCUACUAAAAAGAGCAAGAAAAGAGCACAAAGCCUUUUGACAUCUUUCUUCAUCUCUGAGUUCCCCAACUAAUGCAGGUUGUGAGUCUGUGCAUGGAUUGUAUCAUUGUGGUGUUAUGUACAAUACCUACCACAUUGUUGUACUAAAUAAAGACCCAUUAAAAUCUCUUGGAGUGUGCAAUGUUUUAAAUGGGAUGUGGUUAUACCCUAAUUGUAUCAUACUUGCCUUAUGUGGUUUACAAUGCAGAUAAGUAACUGAGUAUAGAUUGAUCCUUAUAACAGACCCUAUGGUCUCAGGUUCACUGUAGUGUAACUGGAGAAGGAGGAAAUGGUUGUGUUGUGUGCCCUGGUCCAUAUAUUUGGACAGACAACUUUCAAUAAAUAGAACUAAGUUUAUAGUUCUCCUAGGCAGAAAUUCAACUCACACCACCAGCGCACAACCCAUAUUUUUAUACAUUGAUGAGCUGGUGUCAAACUGAGUGGAAACAGCCAUAAUUGCAAGAGAAGUUGCCUCAGAGCAAGGAGAUAGGAUCUCAGCAUUUGAAUGGCUACUGGCUUCCAUCUUGCCACCAAGGCUAUUGCUGACCACUAAAAAGUGAGAAACAAGCCUCUGAUAAGUGCUGCCUGCUCUUAGUAGGCAGUACCGCAUCUAAUUAUAAAUUGGAUAUUUUUCUUGCUAAUUCCCUACUGAGAGAAGGGCACAAUGGAAAUGCACGUCUUUGUUUUUUCUCUGUAGCCCUUCAAAGAAAAGCAUUUUAAUAAAGUGUGUUUAUUUUUGAAAAGCUGAUUUAUUGCAUGUGAAGGACAGCUGCUUUGAAAUUUAACAACCAUGGACACUGUCUAUGCUGUUGCCCCCAUUUGAGAUAUGGGGUGUGCACCAGAGAGACUGCCCUAGUCAUUCUUAUUUCUAACGGUGGCGUUGAGCCAGUUCCUUCUAAGAGCAAAACUGGCACACCUAACAAAUUUUCUUCAGGAGACAGAAGUAUCAAAUGCAAGCAUCUUUGCUCCUUGUCAUCACAUUUCCUGAGUGCUUCUCUGCCCUGGAUCCUUCCUAGGCAUUAGUGACUGUUUAAUGUGCUUUAUUUACAGCAUCUGCAACAUGUGCAUUGAGCAACUGGUGUUGCCAAAGCACUAGAAAAGCUGCCUGCGAUUAACUGUUAUUACCAUGUCUUGCAGUUGAAACAAAUGUCUCAGGGCCAAAAUAUGUGGGGCCCUGUCACUGUAGCUGCUGUGGUUAUGAAACAUAUAGGUUUCUUCCUUCAUUGGGUGCCCCUUUUUUGUUUCAUUGCUAGCCCCCCCCCAGCUGUAGAAGAUUAUAUAGGUAAAGGAUUUUUUAAAACGUAGUUUGUAGUUGAGAUUCCUGCAUUGCAGGGGGUGGACUAGAUGAGGCUUGGGACCCCUUCCAACUCUACGAUUCUAUGAUUCCUCCAUACGUUGUUUGUUUGUAUGAAAUCCAGAUUCCUCAUCAAAUCUAUGUAUGCAAUUUAAAUUAGCAGUUUGGCUUGUAUUGUAUUAUCCAUACCUCCACAUGCGGUACGAAAAACAGAGCCUCAUUGAUGAAGCAGCAGUGGCUAGUUUUUAACUGUGUUACACAGAGCUAUCCAAACCCUUGAUCUACUGUGCUGGAGAACAGCAGCAUGAGAACCUAUAUACUUUAGUAUAGCUGGGAAUAAAGGUUGUUUUUAAACGACAAUGACAACCCUACCUCAUUGAGUUUAAGUAUGCUGUUACCUAGCUUAUUCCCAGGUCAAUGGAGUAGUUGUGACUUCAUCAGUGACAACUCACAGGCCUGAAAAAGUCCAAUUAAGAUCUGACUAAGGAGCAGUUCAUAGUGUACCAUAUUCAGGAGUCCUAGGGUUGGGUUUGGGCCUGAAAAUGUCUUGGUGUAGGGGCUGAAUUUCUUUUUUAUAUUAUUAUAAACCAAAGAAAAGGCAGAAUGUCAACAUAGCACUGGCUUCAUCUCACAUGGAGAACCAUUUGAUAUCAAGUAGGUAUUUGGCCCUGACCCCUGCCCUUCUACCUAAACAUGCCUCGUAGCUAUAGCAAAAGACACUUCCUCUAAUGUGGAAGGAAAAGGUUAUGGUACAAGUGAGAGAAAUGUAUUCUGUAUAGGUUGCGUUUGUGUGAACAUGUGAACUCAGUUUGUCAUAGGGCACUGGUCACCCUGUUCCCACCGUUCUCCGCUCUCCCCAAGAAGCAACUCCAGCAAUGUGUAACUUUCCCAGAAGAAGAAGCUUUUCUGUAGGACAUGGAAAUAGUUCUGCAUCCAGAUGUAUCGGGCAGAAUACAAAAAUGUACUCAUGCUACAGACCAUGGAAGUUAGUAUUGCCACCAGUUCACUUUUCAGGUCCUGAACCUGGCUCCCAAAAGGUGGGGUAAGUCAGUGUGGUGUAGUAUAGUAUUUGAGAGUAUCCGACUAGGACUGAGGUUCACAUCCCAAUCGGCGUGGAGCUUACUGGGUGACAUUAAGUCAUUAUCUUGCAACCUAACUUCAUUGGGUGGUUGUGAGGAUUAAAACUGAGGUCCUUGGAGAAAAUGUGGGCUGCAAAUUAAGUCAAUCGAUAGAACAGACUAUAAAACUGGACAUGCCUGCUUGUUGAGGUGGAUGGAGCAGUAGCUGGCAAUUUUCUCAGCUAUAGCCAAGCAUUGCUAUCCCAGGAAGACUUUUGGAGAACACAAGGGAUGUGCAUUGAGAGUGUAGUAUGGCCAGAAGCACUUGGGGAAGUAGCGCUGCAUGGGCAGCUAGUUCUGAAGUUCUUGGGUUGUUGUUAAUAUCCAGAUGCCAGAGCACUUUUGGAUACAGAAAAACUGCCACCUGUCAUUUAACACCAAAUCAAGGUUUUGACAUUAUAUCUGAACUGUUUUUUUCCACUCUCCCUUUUUUAUUAAAUGAACGUCUUAAAAUGCUUUUCGGUAUCCUUUGUGUCACUUGCCAAUUGUACCUCAUACUGGGUUUUUUUCUUUCCUCAUGUUUCCAUUAGUUUUGCACCUUAGUCACUUCUCCAACUUACUCUUUCUGGUAAGCUUCCUGUUUGGAUGUAGAGCACCUUGCAUCAUUUAGCUAAAAUUAGUGUGGCAUUCUCUCUUCUUAUGCCUGCCUUAGCUUGGUCUUGCCUGCUGCUAUGAAGAGGUAGAACGUGGGUCACAUUUUAAACAAGCUUCAUAUGCAUCCCCUUUUCAGGCUUUCUAGUUGUCUUGACUCCCAGGUACAGCUGAAGUGUGUAGGCAACAGGAAUACCACAGCCUAACUUAAAUGAGAACUGGGACGUUUGCACAUAGACAUCUAUGUGAAAGUAGGUCCCACCUGCCUGGUGUCUAGUUAACCAAAGACGAAACAAAAGUGAGGCCUGCUUGUGCAUGCACAAAAGCCUCAGUCCUCAUUAAAGGUACAUGCACGGCACAGCUGAGGGAGAAUGUGCAGACCCAAGGUUUGCUUCUGUAUCGAACUGUGAGAAGACACUUUCUUGGCCACACAUGAGUCAACACUAUAUUACACUGUAAUCUGGUUCUGAGCAUACUGCAGGAAAUUAGGCAAAAACAAGACAGUGCUUCACUAAUCAGACAAAAAAGAAUAAAAGAUAUUCCUACUUCCUAUUCUGGUUUUGAGCAGGUCACUUUAAAGAUUUAUGCCACUUUCCUUAUCUUAUAUUAUUGAUUCACAUUUUUGUACUUUGUACCUUUAUGCAUUAUAUUAUUUUGCUAUAUCUUUAACCUCCAGUGUGACACGAUCUAGUGCUGUUGCCCUUGUUUGCUGAGUCUUUAAUCCUUCUCUCCACCCCAAAUUGUCUUUCAGAGUUCCUGCUGGGGACUGUGCGGAAGGAUGGCGUCUGCAGAACCCCUGACUGCUUUCUCCCGUUGGUACCUCUAUGCUAUUCAUGGUUACUUCUGUGAGGUGAUGUUCACAGCUGCUUGGGAGUUUGUGGUCAAUUUCAACUGGAAAUUCCCAGGUGUCACUAGCGUAUGGGCACUCUUCAUCUAUGGAACUUCCAUCCUCAUUGUAGAAAAUAUGUACCUGUACCUGAAGGACAAGUGCAACAUCCUAGUGCGCUGCCUGAUUUACACCUUGUGGACGUAUACUUGGGAGUUCACCACCGGCUUCAUCCUGCGCCAGUUUGAUGCCUGCCCUUGGGACUAUUCACAGUUUGACUUGAACUUCAUGGGCCUCAUAACCCUGGAAUAUGCCAUUCCAUGGUUCUGUGCAGCAGUCAUCAUGGAACAGUUAGUCAUCAAGAACACCCUGCGUUUGCGUUUUGAUGAGAAUGCUGAACCCGGGUCUCCUACUGCUGCUGUAACCUUGGCCAAUGGCCAUGUGAAAACUAACUGAACAGUAACUUCAAACUACACCUUGACUAAGUGAAUUCUCCUGCCCCUUUCACUGGAGACUUUUGAUGAUGGCCUCAAAAACAAAACCCCUGCUUCCUGUAUGAUAAACAAACCUCCUGUGUUUGGAGGCAUGCAUGAAAAAGUGGAAUCAGUAGGUUUUCUAUGGAUUUUUUGCUCUCUUUUUUGUUUUUUUAAAAGCAACAAGUAGCACUGACAGCUACCUGUUGGUGAGAUAGUUUGACUUGUAACUUAUUAUGAAAACAGUCAUAAUACCUGCAUUUUACUACAUAUGGGUGGGUGGGUGGGAUGAGAGUAAUGCUCAUCAACUUUGUACAAAUAACAAGUUAGUAAAUUGGCACAGACGCCCCAUUUAACUUAGUAAUUGGCUUAUAUUCCACUAGGCAAUAUUCAGGUGCUUGCUUGCAACCAGUACCUCCCAUGAGACCCAAGAUGCUUCAGGGUCAAGGAAAACUCAUUAGCUGUUGAGACAACCCAACAGUGGCAGUCAACUGGGGAGGUGGUUUGCCCUCUUGUGUGCUCCCUCCUAAGGUUUUUAAAAAUAAUAAUAAUAAUAAUAAUAAUGAUAAUAAUAAUAAUUAAUGCACCACAGUGUAUGAUAUUAUGGUGCUGGACAUCUUCCUGGAUUUCUAUAAAAUUACUUUUUGACUCAUCCAUCCUGAGGCUCACUAGAGACCUCCCACUCCCAAUAGUCUUUUUUUAUAAAAAUAAAAAUAAAAGUCUCUUCUGCUGGAUUAAUUAUAUCAUUACUGUACAAGUUGCAUUUUUGGCCAAAAUGGGAGAUAAAUGGCUGAAGUCUUCCCUGCCUCCUAUCCUUGUUCCUUGUAAUAGAACGGAACAGAAGGGCUGCUUCAGCUCCAAUUUGCCCCAUAAUAACCGUUCACGUUACCAGGAUCCUCUCUGCCUUCCUCCCCUAAGAAUUCUGUCACCAAUGAUUCCACUGGCAAUAAUUGUGGACCAUUGGCCCAGGUAUUGAAGUCUCCAUGUGUCUUCUGGAUUCAUCGGGAAAUAGAAUUGUGCAAGACACUGUGCAGCGCUCAUUUGCUUCUACAGAUCUUCGGGAAGCUCUGCCUGAUGUUCUUCUCUAUGUACUUAACAGCAGUAUUAGGGGUACAGUAAUCUCUCUUCAGAAAGCUAUGAGUAGCCGGAGGUGAUAUCCCUACUGCCUUAUAGUGGAGAGCGCUGAAAAGCCAUUCUCCAGGAUCUUCCAAAUGGAUUGUGACCAGUGUAGCUAGGGCGGCAGGCAUUCUUGAAACACCUUCCCUAAGGUUGGCUCCCCAGAGAUUGCUGAACCACAACCUCCAUCAUCUCCAGCCCACAUGACCAGUAGUCAGAGGUUAUGGGGGUUGUAGUUCAACAUCUGGGGGACCUGAAGUUGGAGAAGGCUGUUUCAGAGCCUGUGGAAAGUAUGAAAGACCCAAGGACAGCUUAAAUUAACAAAGCAUCCAAUAGCCUUAAGAGGAGGGUAUGCUGUCACUUGGCCUCCUGGGCAAAAAUAAAGAAAGAACCAGGUAUCAUUUGCACUGAAUGGAACUGAAUUGCACUAGCAAUGAGUUGAGCUUGGGAUGUCAGUUUCUUUAUGUGGCUGCAGUCUUAUCUUCUGUUUAGAUGAGGCCUGCAUUAUUGUUUGACUGACCAUUGACUGUUUCCUCCAUCUGGCAGUCAGUUAACACAGCUGUUGUUUGUUAUGUUGAGUUUCAUUCUACCACCCAGGAUGGGAUCUUCAUUGUUUUAUGAAUAAGAAUAACUGUAACAGUAUCUUGUCUUGUAUCUUCGAAGUGUAAUUAUUUUGUUCUUCCUAAUUUUCGCUCAGGUGUGAAUCCAUUGCGGGCAAUGGAUCUGCUGGAGCAGUGAAAGCAGAAGCUUAUUCAGGUCUGCCAUGUUUUAGACAGUGUCUCCUGAAAUACUCAGCAAACACACAGAAAGAUUAGCGUUCCCGUUUAUCAUUCAUCCAUUUUAUAUUGAAUUAAAUUGUGUUUUCUCUCUAAGGCAGUGCCAUGCAACAAUGUGCUGCAAUAAUGGUCAGCUGAGUGGAAAAUAAAAUGGAGGAGCAAUUUAUUGGCUAUGGAAUCACAAUCUUAAUCCUUUUUUACAGUGCAACCCUAUGCAUGUCUCCUCAGAAUUAAGCCCAGUUGAGCUUAAUGGGGUUUCUUCCCAGGGAAGGGGAUAUAAGAUUCCAGCCUUAAUUCAUAAUUUGAUUUGCCAUGAAAAUAAGCAUUAUUCUUGGCAUUCCACUUUUCUAAUCUGCUGUCCUAAACCACAAAAGAGGAACAGCGAAUUGGAAAGAUGCUGCAUCUUGCUUUUUAAGAAAAGGUUUUUAACAAACUAAAAUAUAUUUUCCUCCAAGUAUUCUGUGAUGGAGGGAAUGGUGCAAACAGGAGAUGGGCUACACUUGAAUCUUCUGGUAACCACAGUUCAAAGCAUUAGAUAAGGCUGGACUAGUGGAAUAUCCUCGCUUUCACUAGUAGUCACUGACUGCUAACAUCAGCUGCAACACUGGUUCCUUUACUAACAUUACAAAAACACUAUAACGGAAGGCUUUUUUAUUUUAAAAAGGCAACAUCAUGGAUCUCUUUAGAAUAUGUAAGGUUUUGGAAGCAAUAUAUAUCCCCUGAAUUGGCCAAUAGCACAAUCCCAUGCUCUUUAGAGGGUCUAUAAUCCCAUCCUAAAUAAAACAGUUACUUCAUGGCUCAUCAGUUGUUUUGCUUACACUGAAAAAUGGCUUCUAGCCUUUUGCCUAUGAACACCCCUUUCACUUGAGCUACAUUUUCCCAUGAGGCAUCAGAACUACGCCUUGAGCUUAUUUUAUGCUAUUUUAUUUGGUUCGUACUGUGUAGAUGUUUCCCCAAGGGGCUAUAAUUUUCACACACAAGUGCACUUUAUUCGCAGUUUGCACACCAGGAACUGAGCUGGGCAUAAUAAGUUCCUAUUUCCUCAUGCAGCAUUCACCAGACAACCCACAGACCAUAUGAGCUUUCCUUGAUACUAUUCUACAACAUCUCAAAGUUGCUGUAUGUGUCGGGCCCUGCAGAUCUCAUUACUCUCUUUCUGAGAAAAGCAACUUGGUUGCAGUCAAGAGUUUUAACUCUUUUGAUUUAUUUACAUUCAUUUUGUCUUUCAGUUCCAGUGAAAACUACUGAUGCUGUUUUACAGCUGGGUUGCUUAAACUACACAGCAAUGGUGGCUUCAUUGCUGAGAACUGUAGCCUAGAAGCUGUGCAGCCGAUAAAGCACUGGCAAAUAAAACACCCACAUAACUCUCAGUUAAAUAUUUGCUUGUAUGUGUAUCCUCCUCAGUAGAUUAAAGUUGCCUGUUUGAAUUCACCAGCAAUAAAAAAAACUUGUGGUUUGUUGGUUUUGCCCUCUCUUCCUUGUAAGAAGAGGGUGGUUCAUGCUUAUGUCGUUGGAAAUGGUGGGUUAUAAAUUUGCUCAUUGCACUGCAUUAUACUUGUGUUACGUUGCAGCUUUUCUUACAAAACAGUAAAGAACCCAAACUCAGCUGGUCUAUUUCUAGGCAUACCAUUCAUAUUUAUUUAGGUUAUUCAAUAGUCAUGUCAUCUCCCACCAGCCCUAACCAGUGUAACCAAGGAUGAUGGAAGCUGGUCCAGCAAUAUCUGGAGGGCUACAGGUUCUUCGCCUCUGCUUUAGCCAUUCAGAUAGAUAGCAAAAGAGUUCCAGCACCACACAGAUAAGGGACAAAUCUUGCAAUGAAUGCAAAUGUGUGGCAAAAUUAGAAAGCAAGUCAUCUAGGAAGCACUUUGUUAGCACUUAUCUCCUACUUCUGUACUACUGUGCUCAGAGUUGUGUAUGUGUGAGUUUCCUCUUGGUUAUUCCAGAUGGGCACACUUGGAUCUUCUCUAGAGGUCCCCGUCGUCGUCCCUGCCAUUCUCUACCUUCUAUGUAGAGGGGUGAAUAGCGGGUAAUAAGCUUGGUAAGAAGUGAUUUCCCCUCAAUACAAUUCCUGUAUAUAGCAAAGAAAGCCCUGAUAAUAGAAUUUACUUUCUAUUCUGCAUUAUUUUAGCAGAACACAUCUGGAACAUUGCAACUUUCAAGUGAGAUGAAGCCAUUUAUCUGUUUACUUUAUAGUGUGCCUGAACUUCCAGGCAAAGGCAAAACAUUUGAGUGGAACACAAGCAUGUAAUUAAAAUUGCUUUCACAUCAUUGAUCUAUUAUAGACACUGCAGAAUAGUCAAAUCUGCUUCGUUCAUUAGGAAAAUGCUAAGAGUCUAUGCAACCUACCCAACAUAGGUUCCUAAACCUUAUUUAAGCUGUUUUUCUGAUGUUAAAUUUUGAUUUCCAAACAUGCGGUCUACAAGUACAGGUUCUAAUUUUGAAGUCCCCAUAUAGCUAUUAAGUUAAGACAAAAGACCCUGAUCCAACUAAAGUUAGUCAUGACUAUGUCCCAUUGAACUGAUGGAGCAAGUUAAGCCACAGCAACCUUGAAUUCCAUUUUUUUUUAAUGUUUAGAGAUGCUUUGACCUGUUGCAGCGUUCUUGCUAUGCAGUUGAAGCUGAUACUGUGACGAAAGGAGGCACAAAACAGCAUAGCUAGUAGCAAAACCAAAUUAUUCAUUAAUAAUUACAUCUAUGAUUCCAUAAAGGGGGGGGGGGUUAGGUGAAAUAUUAGGAAACAUGGGAGACUGCUUCCCACACAAUGACUGGGAGUGUGCUUGAUUGUUCAUCUAAAAUGAAAAUGUAGAAAUAGUAUGUAUACUUGAAUGAAGGAGAAGGUAAACCUGGCCCAUGUGAAACUUAACAUACCCUGUUUCUCAUAUUUUAAGACAUACCCAUAAAAUAAGCCAUAGCAGGAUUUUUAAGCAUUCAAGGAAUAUAAGCCAUACCCCGAAAAUAAGACAUAGUGAUAGGCGUAGCAGCAAUGCCGGCCACGGCAGGAGGAGGAGGAAAAAAAUAAGACAUCCCUUGAAAAUAAGCCAUAGUGUGUUUUUUUUGAGGAAAAAAUAAAUAUAAGACAUGUCUUAUAAUAUGAGGAAACACGGUACCUGCAAUCUGUCUCAAAAGGAUACAUAAGCACAUCCAUAAGGGUCAUAUAUUUAUAUAUAUUUUCCACAAUAUGUUUCUAAACAUGGAAGUUACUAAUUUGCAUAGGACCCAGCAGCAGUGUAGGUGCUAUAGCAAGGUUUUCUUUAAUAGGUGAAACCUUGUCACAGAGAAGACGGACAAUGUUAUGUGGAAGGAAGGACUGAAGCAACGGAUUCCUAGCACAAUAUAUUUACAGUAUAUUUAUUGAAUGUUGGGAGGGGGGCAAAGGAAGAACACCUCUCAACUGAUUUAUCUAGGGGAUCCUCCCAGAGCAGCAAAUUGGAUGUGAUGACCUUUGAGAUACUUUUCAUGUCCAUUCAGUAGUAAGUCGAUUGAGACCUAUGGUGCUUACUACCUGGUAGGGGCAUAAGAUUGUAGCCUGAAUUUGCAAAACUAAAUGCAAAUACUUAUACUAAGGUUAGUGUCACAAUCAUUUAUUCCUUUAUUUAUUUAUUGCUUUAUAACUUGCUCUAUCUACCCAAGGGACUUGGGUGGGUUAAAAAUAUGCUAAUAUUUGUUAGUAUCCUAUCCUAUCCCCAUAUAUCCCUACCAAAAACUAGCUGACUAAAAGCACCUUGCACUGUUUCAAUGUAAAGUUGCUUCCUAGAUUCUUGAAAAGAUGAGCAGAUAUUAGUUUUUGCACAGUGAACUGCAUCAAAUAUUUCUGAAUGCCAAAUUGGAAAGCA